AGAUUUUAUUUAUUAAAACAUUAAAAGUCGUAAUGUUUCAAUCUUCAUCUAAUCUGUGAAUGUUUAUUUAUUUACUGUCAUCAUUAUUGAUCUCCUUUUUUGAAGUUUUAAUAAACAACGCUUAUAAUUUGUAACUUUGUAGUAUUUAUAUAAAAAUCACAUGCUAAAUAUUGAUACUAGACUUAUUUAUAUGUAUUAAGUUAAUCAAGUUAUUUAAGCAUACUUGUGCGUGCAAUAAAACAAUUUCAAAUCAACCAUGGCUAAUGAAAUGCGACUUCAAGUUAAUGAAAUUUCUCCGGAACAUUCGAGUGUGGUAUUUGGGCACAAGGUGUGCCAGACACGUGAAGCAAAGUGGCUAUGCUUAGAAAAUAUCUACCAAAAAUUUCACAGACCCAACUUCUAUGAUAUCGGAGGAACGUACAUUAAUGAUGUAGCUGACUAUUGGUUUGUGUGCAAAACUGAGCUAAUAGCAGAUAUUAAACUUCUUCACUUGUUUCUAUGGAAUCGUCACGAAGAGAGUGUGGUACGUGUUGCAGUGAGUGAUAGUAACGAAAUGCUUGUCGAUAAGAAGAAUGAUGCAGUGUGCCUGUCAAAAAAAUUAAAACAGUUUGAUUAUAAAAAGGUCAAACAAAUCUCUAAAAUAUACAUCACAACAUACAGCUUCAAUGAUAUUGAUGUUGAUUUUCUGAAAAAUAGGAGAUUGUAUAUAGGCGUCUCAUUUGACUGUAAUAACUCAGAAGAGCUGUCUGAAGAGAUUAUAGAGAAUGUAAAAUGCAGUCAUGAUUUUCAUGCAUUAUUAAAGAAUCCGGUGGGUUCAGAUUUCACCAUAGAGUCGGCUGAUGGCCACAAAUUCAAGGUUCACAAAGUAUUGCUGGCUGCAAAGAGUGAAGUGUUUAAGGCAAUGUUCACGGAUGAAAUGGCUGAGAGUAAAAAUGGUUAUGUGAGACUCAUAGAUGUAACCAAGGAGGACUUGCAAAGUGUUCUAGAGUUUAUCUACAGCGGUAGUAUAAUUGAUAUGGAAGGUAGCAAUUUUUUUAACCUCCUACAGAUUGCGGACAGAUUCAAUUUGUGUGGACUGUUUGAUCUCUGCCAGUAUGUAUUAUCUCAACAAUUGACAUUAGACAAUGUGAUAGAUACUUUAAUUAUAGCUGAUAUGUGUAAUGCUAGUACUCUUAAGUUGGCUGCUAUGAAGGUUAUUAAGAAAAAUAAUUGGAUUGUAAAGACUGACAUGUUUAAAGAAAUCCUAAAUGUGGAUUUAGUCCGAGAGCUUUGUGAGUACUUGGUGCCUUCUUAAUAAUAUGUUUAUAUAAAUCGUUAUUAAUAUACCAUUUGUCUAAAUUGCUCCUAAGGGUAGAAACCAUUGAAAAUUUCUAUCUUUUUAAAGUUGGUUAAAAAGUAAAGUCAGUGGCGACUGACCUUACUUUUUAAAUUCAAAAGAAUUGAGGUACAGAAUUUGAUUAUAUUUUUUUAAGUUUGUUACCUCAUAACUCUCUUAGUUAUAAAAUGAUUUGCAAAAUUCUUUUUUUAUCUUAAAAGAUAUACUCACAAAUUUGUCCUAUAGAAAUUUUAUUAAAAUUGAUUAAGUAGUUUAGUUUUUAAAUAAAAAUAACUAGCUCUGUCACAAUUGAAGUUUUUUUUUUUUUGUGGGACACAAUUUUUAAUAAUAUUUAUAAACAGCACAAUAGUAAAUGUAUUUGUAAUAUAAUUUCUCAAUUUAGUGGAAAAUUUUAGACAUAUUUUAUGAGACUGACAGAUUAAAUUCAAGAAACAAACCAUGUCCUAAAAACAACAAUAUAUUGUUUAUAAACAGCCUGUAUUAAAAUUCGAACAUUUUUAGAUGAGUACUAAUUCUUAUCAUCAAUUAUAAAAUUUCAACCAACAGUCAACAUUAUCAGUAUUUUUUUGUUGUUUUACAUUGUCAUAUUAAUUGCAUGGCAGUCUAUGAGAAAAGCCUCUGUACAAGGAAUGCCUGAUACUCACAUUUGGAAUUACUAGUUGCUGUUUAAUAACUCAGUGGACUUGACAAAUGUUUAUUAGCUCAUUAGAUCAAGAUUGGUAAAACCGAAAGAUAACUUGGAAUCAAAUUAUUUUUAAGUACUUUUAAACACUUGAUUUUAUGUGAUUUAAACAAUUCUAUCUAAAAGUGGUAAGUUUUUGUUUGUUUGUGAUCAAUGUAAAAUAUUUGAAAAUGUAUUUUUAAUUUUAAUCUUGUAUGUGAGGAUCUUAAAAUAUGCUAAGUCGAACAAUUUAGUCUUCUGAUAAUAAGAUCCAACAGGAAUCAAUGUUAGGAAUCAUAAUUAGCUGAUAUGUGAUUUUGAAUUUUGUCAGAUAGUGCUUUAGGUUUACUUUGCUUUUACAUUUUUUUGUCUAGCAUAACUUUACAUAUGCAAAAUAAUAUUAUUUUUAUUGAAUUAACCAACAGCAAAAUAAAUUCAUUUCAUUUCAACAAUAAUUUAUAUAAGUAUAUCAAUUUUAAUAACACUUUCUAUAGGUUUACCUGUAUAUUUUAUAUAUUUUGUUUUUUUUUAAAUAAGUAACAAAUGAUGUAACUGGCUAUUUACAAAUUGUAUAUGAAUAUCAUGCCUAUUUCCCAUUAGGGUUGGCAUCGCAAAAAUUUUUAUACAUACAUUAAUAAAAAUAUGUAAUACUAGUUCUAUUAGGUGGCUGUGUUUUCAUAAAUUAGUAUAUAAAAUAUCCUAUUUUCUAUCUUAGGUUAUACUCUAUUUAUAUAUCAAAUAUCAUUUAAAUCCCUUUAGUUUUUAUGUGAAAGAAUAACAAGCAUUCAUCCAUCUUCACAAAUUUUCGCAAUUAUAAUAAGUAGUAGUAGUUUUGUUCUUUUGGAGGCAAAGCACAAACUGUGUUGUGACCAUUUUGUGUUACACACACACUCAUGAUAAAAGGAAAUUGUUGUUUUAUAUAAUAUAUAUUACUUUUUGGUGCUUUUUUGUUGCUUUUUUUUAGUUUUUCAUUCUUUUAUCUCCUUUACUGUGUAUUAUGUGUAUUGUAAUUUAUGUGCUGUAAGUAAUGCAAAUAAAUUAUCUAUCUAUCUAGUAAUGGAAGAUGAAAUGAAGUUUUAUGGUCUUUUUUUAAUGGGUGAUAAUGGAAUGGCAAUCCUGUCUGCGCUAACAGUACACACUGGUGAGGCACCAAUGAGAAACGAUUAUUGAGGUUGAAAAGGCAGGUCAGUUAGUUCAUCAUUACGGAUUCACCUGGAAUCAAACAUGAUGGUUUCCAGGGGGAACCGCGAAGAGAUCAAUCUGGCAAAGUGUAUUCCUAGAAAUAGAGAAACUAGACCGCCAUUACUAACAAUCCCUUACCCCCAAAUUUUGUUAUUGUAACAUUGUUGACAAGAUAUACUUAUUAUCUCUUAUUUACUGUUUGGUAUUGGUAAUUAGGGCCUGCAUAGACAAAGGUCAGUCGGCAUAUUUUUGUCUAUGUUUUCGUGUAUAAAACUUAUGGAUUAAACACAAAGUUGAACAAACUAGUCGCCGCGCCGCUCGAUGACGCGGUCGCAUCACUUUGUACACAAUUUUUUUAUACAACUUAGAAUCGCAAACAAGCUGAGGGAAAGUGUUAACCGUGGCCUACAGACAUGAGCAGUCAAUGUACAUAAGAGAGUAUACUGUUUUGCCCAUGAGACCCCCUACGCGUUGCCAUUCCUAAGGACAAAUGAAUCCGUACAAGCGUUUAGCUGUUUGUUAAUUUAAAAGAUUUUAAUAUAUAAAGGAAUAGAUAUUUGUUAUAUAAUCAGUGGCGUAACAAUAGGUUGGCAGAGUGGGCAAAAUGCCAGGAGGCUUCCGGCCUGAAGGGCCUUGGUUCAAGAGGUUGUGUACGCAGGAAGAAAGUAAUUAUUUAUACAUAAUAUCAGCACUGUAGCAAUUAAUUUGCUGCGGCACGUGCUGAGUGGCGGCCACGUUGCCAAUAACAAAUAUGAAGUUUGUUUUCUAUUAUUAAUAAGUGUAACUCUUUGUUAUUGGCAAUAAAUAAUUUCUUUCUUUCUUUAAAAAAUAUAUAUAUAUAUUUAAUUACUUUAAGAAUUAGAGUAUUAACUGAAGAACAUACACGUAUUGUACAAAUAAAAAAAGAAAAGUUACGAAACUUGGCAAUUCUAUAAUCAUCGAAAAUUAUUUGAAUUUUUCUUUUUUAAUUAUGUAAUGGCGCUUCCCUUACAUAAUUAAAAAAUAUAUUCUAUCUGAUGAAUUUGUCACGGGUUCGAAAUUUUUUUUUUAUACAACUUAGAAUGGCAUACAAGCUGACGGUCCACCUGAUGGAAAAUGGUAACCGUCGCCUAUAGACAUGAGCAGUACCAUGGACAUAACAGAGUAUACUGUUUCGCCCAUGAUACCCUCCAUGCGUUGCCAUUCCUGAGGAUUCAGGUGUUAUUCCUGUGUACCCAGUAAUUUCACGCCAUAUCCCACCCUUCAAACUGAAACACAGCCAUGCAAACACAACUGCUUUACAGUUGAAACUCGAAUGGGACAGAGGUACCCAAACAAUUGACUUUUGUACAAAGUCUCCCUCUGGUAUAGUUACGCCACUGUAAAUUAUUAUUAUUUCAGCCGUUAAUUGUCAACUGCUGGACAUAAGCCUUUCCCAUAAGGAAAGUGUUGCCAGUAGUUGCCACGCUUGGCAGGCGGGUGGGUAAUCGAAGUUAGGUUUUUACAGAUGUUUUAAAAGGGACGCUGCUGCCCAUACCUCGCCCUCCCUUAGUCGGCUCUUACGACAUCCACGGGAAAAGGGUAAACCACUGUAAAUAGUAAUUAUAUGCUUAAGUUAUUACGUUCGCAGAUAAACCCAAUCAGGAAUUUUUUCAUCACGAAUAAAUUCUGCGUAUGUUGGUAUAUAUUGUUUGCUCAAACAUGCUUGGAAAUGUGAGCAUUAUUUUGACAAUCUUAGAGAUAAAUCAAAAUUGCUGUACUGGCCAGAUACAUGCGAGCAGCGGCCGGCAAAAGUUGUAUGAAAAUCCAUAUCUGUCGUGUUUUGCGGCCAGAUAAAUUACUAUGUAAACUCAUAUCUGUCCUGUAAUUUAAAAGUGGAAUGACCUAACUAAUGAAAGGUUUUAUUUAAAUUUGGAACUGGCUUGCAAAUAGAAAGCCGUUUAUUGAAAAAAAAAAACAAAGGAAUUUUAUGGCGCGUGAAAAAUUAUUUUUGUUCGUUAUUCGUCAUUGAACUUAAAAAGUAAAAUUGUUUUUGAUUUCCGCGUAUUGUUUGAGAAAAGUACUAUACAAAUCUUGGCUACAACUAGGCAUUGAUGGACUCACGUAUGUGUGCCUCGGCUAUGCCUCGACCCACCUUUGCACGUUCGUCCAUCAAUGCCUCAGUUGCUGGCCGCUGCAGUAAUGUACUAUUUUAGUAUUUGUUUGUUUAAUAUAAGGUUAAACAUAUAAUUUUUUAUUAGCUAUAAUUUACAGAGUUGUUUCUUUUCUAACUGUUGCAAUGUAUAACGUCGUUACAGAAAUAUAUUAAUAUAUCUAA